AUGGUCAGUCUGAAGCCAAUACCAAGAAACCAAGCAACUGCCUCAUUCGAAGAUAACGAAUUGGGUAAAGUGACGAUUUCCCGCGAAAGAUUCGACAGUGCCAGCAACUGGAAGGACUUUCUAGAUGAUCACCGCGACGACGCAAGUCUCGUGGUGUACCUUGGAUUACAACGCAAAAGCGACCUUAGACAUUUCGCUCUAUCCUGGCCAGUCAUCAAAACCUGGAUGCGGGCUCCCCGUGAUCUAUCUGGUCUGGGGAAGGAAGCAGUCUUCCAGCUCAUCGAAGAGAGCGGAGAGUUGUCGAGCAUUGAGGAUCCGGAAGUAGUGUGGCCAAGUCACUCCAAAGAUUCCGAGCAAUCGGCCCUCCUGAAACAGGAACAUCGCAUGGCCUGGCAUCUGAUCAAAAUGUCCAAAGACAUAGCGGAAUACAUUCAGUCCAGUGAUGCGUAG